AUGUCUGAAGGCGCGGCCGCACCUUCUGAGUCGCUGUUCAGGGCUUCGAAGCGCAGAAAAGUGUCCAGGAAGCGAAUCGCCGAGGAUGAUGCACCAAGCGAUGCUCUGGACGUCACCGAGGCCAACCCUGAACAGAGACAUCAGGAUGGAUCAGAGCAGCGAUCAAUCGUGAGAAGACCUGCAGCCAAGAAGCAUGGCAUCAGCUUCUCGAAUAGUGGCGCCCAAGGGGAAAGAAGGGCUGAGUCCGACAUGCAAGUGGCACUGGUCCCAGCGGUGAAGCAGGAUGAAGUGGACGUCGUGCAGACGGACCGCUUCAUGAAGCCGACAGGUAAAGUUGUCGUAGAAGACAAGCACUUGACGGCAUAUGUAGACUCGAAACUGGCUGAACUACGCUCGUCAACGUCCACGCCCACAUUGACCGAUGGAUCGCAUAUGAUUGGUGGUCCAGCGGACACGAAUGUUCACUCAUCAGUCCCCACCUCACCUGCAAGCACCGCCGCAAUGAGCGCCCCAAGUCACGACACCAUCCACGCGACCAGCAAUGCCCAACGACGCGCCCAAGCUCAUGCGGACCGCAUACGUAACAAGCAACGUCGGCGACAACCACAGAUUGAUCCCUCGGCCAUGGCUCGGGAUGCUAUGGUAGAUCGCAUCAUGCAGGAGAGUCAAGUACCUAUGUAUGACCGACCCGCAGCUGCAGCCACUGGUAUCGACAGCGAUGAAGCAGCAGCAGAGGCUUUCAAGGCUGAGUUCCUCGCCAGCCUUGAGGAUCAGAACAGAAGAAGGCCUCCCGCGCCACCUCCGGCUCAACGAGGCGCUGCGAACAGUGCUGUACCGGCUACUGGGCCGAAAUUGGGCGGCAGUCGACAGCAGAGGGAGAAGAUGAAGGCAAUCGAAGAAGCGAAAGCUGCGGCGGGGAAGAGAUGA